AGGCCCGAGCGAGAGAAACCACCGCCGCCGUGCGUGAGAGAGAGAGAAGGCCGCCAGAGGCACUGGUCGGGCUCCUCCCACUCCUCCGCAGCUCUUUUGUCACACUAUAACUAUUACAAUAUUAUACACGCCACACGCGCGCACCAACUACGAUACACACACACACACGCGCAUACCUACGUACCAACAAGCACACAGACACACGCACACACACGCACACACGGACACCUCACACGCACACGACGAGAAGACGAGUCGACAAAUUAUAAUCAACACACAAUCAACAUGGCCGCUAUGCGCCUCGCUGGAUGGACGACUGGACAAUGACCACCGUCGCCGCCGCCACACGUUUCCCCGUCGCGUCGUCGUCGCCGUCUUCCGUGUCCUGUUGACAGGCACCGCUGCGUGUCCGUGAUCCGUCUGCCGCCGCCACUCGGCCACUGCUGCUGCUGCUAUCGCCGCCGCCGCCGCCGCCGUCACCACCACCAUCACUAUCACAAUCACCAACAUCACCACCACCAGAGCAGCUCCGCACUACGGUUUGGGUGUAUUAGAUGAUCGACGAGCGAUGGAACUGAGGGUUGGCAAUAAAUACCGGCUAGGACGGAAGAUCGGUAGCGGUUCGUUUGGCGAUAUCUACCUCGGUACAAAUAUUUCUACAGGAGAAGAAGUAGCCAUUAAAUUAGAAUGUAUAAAAACGCGACACCCCCAAUUGCACAUAGAAUCCAAAAUUUACAAAAUGCUUUCAAGAGCACCUGGUAUACCUAUAAUAAAAUGGUGCGGUUCCGAAGGAGAUUACAAUGUUAUGGUAAUGGAAUUACUAGGUCCGUCAUUAGAGGAUCUUUUCAAUUUUUGUUCCAGAAGGUUUUCAAUAAAAACUGUGCUACUUUUAGCUGACCAAUUGCUGGAUAGAAUAGAGUAUAUACAUAGUAAAAACUUCAUACACAGGGAUAUCAAGCCAGAUAAUUUUCUAAUGGGUUUGGGUAAACGUGGCAAUUUGGUGUACAUAAUAGAUUUUGGUCUUGCAAAGAAAUAUUGCGACAGCCGAACCAAUGAACAUAUAAUGUAUCGAGAGAACAAAAAUCUCACUGGAACUGCACGAUAUGCUUCCAUAAAUACCCAUUUAGGAAUAGAACAAAGUCGAAGAGAUGAUUUAGAGUCUCUUGGUUAUGUAUUAAUGUACUUCAAUCGUGGUUCUUUACCAUGGCAAGGUUUGAAAGCAGUUACUAAACGACAAAAAUAUGAACGUAUCAGUGAAAAAAAAAUUGUUACUUCAUUUGAAGAUUUGUGCAAAGGAUAUCCAAAUGAAUUUUUAACAUACUUGCUAUAUUGUCGUGCUUUGAGAUUCACAGAAAAACCAGAUUUUACUUAUUUAAGACAAUUAUUUAGACAGUUGUUCCAUCGUCAAGGGUUUACAUACGACUAUAUUUUCGAUUGGAAUAUGUUGAAAUUUGGAGCAAAUGGUGCUCGAUACAGUGGAUCAGAUGAUCAAAAAAAUGCCUCGCAUCAAGAUAGCAGACGUGCAAUGCAAGACAGUAGCUCUCCUUCAACUAACGUCCAACCACUAAAUAGUCGCGCUCAAGCUGACCAGAGUGGGAUAAAGAAUUUUUUAUCCAAAGUUCCUCUGGUACCAAUGGAUAAUUGUUCAGGCGGUGGUGUUAUUCAACCAUUACCAACAAGAUUGCGUUACAGUGCUGAUCCUGGGUCAGCGCGACCAGUGAGAACUCAAACUCGAAGCUCAGCAAUGGCAACAUCUGAAUCGCCGUCUGUUACUCAACCUUUGCAAACCAACUUUCAUGUCCUACCUUACACAUAUUAAUACUUCAAAGUCGAGAAUUUAUGUAAGAACUUUUCUUUUCUUUGUUUUGGAAGUGUCUCCGGUUCAAUGAUACCACCUGCGUGAGUCCCAAUAUGGGUCAAAGCACCGGAUAGAACGCCAAUCAUGCACCAGCAUAAAUAAACUAUUGCGUUUGAAAUUAUGUAAAUAGCCUAGCCUAUUUUUUUUUAAUUUUAUUAUUAUUUUUAGUUAUUUUUGGUUAAGAUAUACUUAAGUAUUUUUUAUGUAAUUCAAAUAAAAUAAAAAUUCAUUAAUUACAAUUUAACAAACGUUUUAGAAAGAAGUUCGGAGAAAAAUUAUUAGAUAAAAAUUAAUAUUUAACCCAAAAAAUAAUAUGGGCAAUAUAAAAAUAUUUUAAAUAAUGUUCUAAACUUUUACAAAAUAUAUUUAUAGUAUAUUAUAUAGUUAUGGGCUGGAUUCAUUUCUAUAAAUAUGUACUAUAGAAACAAAUAUUAUAUGUUUUAUUUUAAUGUAAAUCAUUGUAUCCCUCAUUAAUUUUUAUAAUAAAAUAGAAAAUUAUUAAUAUUAAUAAUCAAAUAUUUUAAGUUCUUUUUGCUGUUUUAUUAUUUCAUUUUAUGGAUUAAAAUCUUUUUAUUGAUGCCCUUUAAAUUAUAAUUUGUUUUUAUCGGCACUGUCAAAUAAUGCAAAAUUUAGCUACAAUAAUUUUCCAUUGUUACACAUAAUUAUGGGAUUUGAUUUGGAUAGGAUUCAUUCAAUGAAAUUUUUUUACACUGUAUUUAAUUUCUCGCUUUGCAUAGUUCUAUAUUUAUUUAUAGCAUAUCUCAAUUGUGAUGUUGUAUAUGAGUGAAUUGUACAAACCAACUGAAAGUCCCUUUAUUAUAUAUAUAUAUAUAUAUAAAAAAAAUAAUCGUUUUUUACUGAACAAAAUAUUAUAUAAUUUUUUUUCAAAAAAAAAUUAAAAAAAACUAAUAAUUUGACGUCUUACCUAUCUUGUUUAUUAAUAAAUUAUACCAAACCCCGUAGGAAGUUAAUUACAUUAUAUUUCAUAUGAAUAUGAAAGUUCUUACUACCAAUAAUACAAUACCAUUAUGUCAGUAUUAAAUGUCUUUCAAUAUUAAAUCUCUUAUCGACUGAUAUUUCGUGUUAGUUACAUAUAAUUGUAAAAUGGACCAAUUAAAUGUAUCAUUUAUUGAAACCAAGAUUAUCUUUUUGAUUGGAUAUAAUUCUUGUAUAAAUCAAUGACCGAAAUCUAUGUUUAUAUUCUUGAUUACUUAUUACAUUAUUGAAUGUAUAAAUUUCAUCAAACAAUACAAAUAAGUAGUCUAUAUAUAAAUAGCUCUUUAUAGACAAUAAUCCACACCCUCCGCCUCUUUCAUUUGAAAUUGAAAAUGUGAAGCAUUUAAUUUGUUCAAUAACAAUCAAGAUUCAAGGUCUUAAAUCUAUUUGUUCCAUGCUUUUUUAAAAAUGACGAAUUAAUAAUUUUUAUCUUAAAUUGAAAAAAACAAAAACUCGUAUUAAAUCUACAUAAACUGAAGACGUACCAUAUGAUUUUAUAAUAUAUCAGUUUGCUUUAUUAUAUACUCUGGUUAUUAACUGCGCUGAUUUAUACAAUACAAUUUUUAAUAAUAUUUGCGCUUUGACAUAUUGUAUUAUUUUAACUGUGGCCAUUUGACUUGUUAAAUGCCAGUAUCUAUCCAGUUUGGUCUUCAGGGAAUUCUCGGUACACCGGACAAAAGAAAAAAUAUAAAUAUAUUAAUGAUUUUAUGUUUGACUUGCAAUUUGUAUAAUAAUGCUUUCCGUGAUAUCCUCGUUGAAUUUAUAUACUCGUUGUGGUUAUAUAUUAUGCAUUUUUGUUUUUUUUUUUUUUUUUUGUGGGAACUAUUUGGUGUCUAUAUACUAGUUUAAUCCGUCUUUUUUUUUUUAC